AUCAAAAUCACUCUGCGUGAUGGUAAAGUCGUAGAUGGUCUGGCUUGGAAGACUACACCUUAUGAAAUUGCUGCCUCAAUAAGGUAUGGAUGUGAAUUUUUUUAACCAUGAUCAUUUCUCACAGGAAGCCAUGAGGAAUAUAAAAAUAAUUAUUUAUAAUACAUGUAUCACAACAUCAACUGAAUAUGAUUUUUACAGUGAUAUUUUUACUGUAAAUAUCAGUAAGUUAAUAUCUGGAAAUCUACUUAACUUUCCCUUAUGUCUCUAUUCCUUUUGUUAGCCAAGGUCUUGCUGAUAACACUGUUAUUUGUAAGGUUAGUGGUGAGUUUGUUUGUUAGUUUUGUGUUAUAAAACAAUUUCAUUGCAAUACUAACAAGAACUUAGAACUUACAUAUGUCACAUUUACUAGUUAAGCUACUGUCUUUCCGAAAAUGUCUAGGAAGCUGAAUAAUCUGAUAAGUAAAUUGCUAAAAUGUAUGGUACUGGCUGACUUUGUUUAAAUACAUUGUAUACUUUUCUGUCAUUUUUUAGGUCAAUGGUGAAGUAUUUGACUUGGACAGAGUACUUGAAGGAGAUUGUUCCUUAGAAUUCCUGAAUUUUAAUGAUGACGAAGGUAACUUAUUUUUG